UCUUGUCACGUACCCCUCCGCUGCUGUGCAUCUCUCUCCUACCCAUGGCGUCCGCCGAAACCCCCAACCCCUCCGCCGAAAUCCCCAACCACGACGCCGCCGCCGCCGCCGACCCCGCCGCCGCCGGAUCGCCGUCGCCCCCGCUCCCUCCGCGCAAGCGCCGCCUCUCCCCGACGCCCUCCCCCACCCGCCGCUCCAGCUCACCGGGCGGCCGCCGCAGCCGCAGCCGGAGCAGGUCCCGCAGCAGGAGCCGGAGCCGGAGCCGCGGACGGAGCCCCAGCCCGCGGUACCCCGAUGGGAAGCGGAGGCGGCACAACGACCUCACCGUCGAGGUGUGCCGCGACUUCCUCCGCGAGAGGUGCGCGCGCACCGAUCUCGAGUGCAAGUACGCGCACCCGCACCCCACCGUCGCCGUCGACAGGGACAGCAAGGUGACGGCGUGCGCCGAUUCGCUGCGGAACCACUGUUUCCGGGGAAGGACCUGCCGCUACUACCACCCGCCCCCUCAUAUCCAGGAGUCAUUGUUGAGAUCAAUUGGUGUGGAAGAACCGAAGGUUAAGAUGCAGGUUUGCAGAGAUUUUACACGAGGGCGAUGCUCAAGAUCAGCAAAUGAGUGCAGAUUCCUGCACCAUUCACCUGUUGAGGAUUGCGCAAUUGUUUGCCAAGAUUUCUUGCGUGGAAGGUGUGAUCGUAAAUCAUGUAGAUACUCUCAUGUCAUGGCACAUCCGAUGCCACCCCCACCAAUGAGGGAUAUUCCGAUGCAAUUUCCUGAUAUGGUUUACAUGCCACCACCACCACUUGGAGUACCUAUGAUGAUGCCUCCUUCGGCCCCUGCAGCUUUUGCUGGUAAUAACUAUGGAGUGGAAGUUUGUAGGGACUACUUGAAGAACAUGUGUAAUAGAGAAUCCUGCAGAUUUGCACACCCGGAUUUAAAUAAUGAGGUGAUGAAUGCCCAAGUUGAGGUUUGCCGCGAUUUUAAGCGAGGAGAAUGCAAUCGACCUGCCUGUCGCUUUUACCAUCCACCUGCAAGCUCAAAUUCGAUUGGAUAAAUCUUGAGUCCCCUGCCCUGCUGCCGCUGCUACCGCUCUGCUGCUGCUAAUUCUGCUACUGCUGCGAAAGAGCUGCUGCGCUGGCUGUUGUGCUGCUAAGAUGUCAUAGACUAUGAAAGCCUAAAAAAGUUCUAUGUAACAACAGAGAUUGUCAUCAUGUGAUGUUUCAGAUGGUUGCUUAAA